AUGUUCAUAAGUUUUUGCAUUGAGUGUCAAGAGAAGAAAAAACGUAGAGUACAUAAUGGUCUGGUGGUGAAGCCUGUUAGAAGCGAGACUAUUUUUUCUCGAUGCCAAAUUGACUUGAUCAAUUUUCAAACAUUACCUGAUGGGGAAUUUAAAUAUAUUCUGACCUUCAUCAACCAUUUCAGGAAGUUUUGUGUGCUGCGGCCCCUUACAUCAAAACGAGCUGAGGAGGUUGCUAACACGCUUCUCCCAAUAUUUUUCACCUUUGGCGCUCCCGUUAUCCUGCACUCGGAUAAGCCUGAACUUAAGCUCGUCACUGGUCGGCCGCGCCACCCACAAAGCCAAGGUGCAGUUGAAAGAUUGAAUGGAGUCAUUCAAGACAAAUUAAAAAUUUGGAUGCACGAAAACAAGUCCAGCAUGUGGAUGGUUGGGGUCCACUUUGUCCAGUGGCAAAUAAACAUUUCGGAACAUGAAACCAUAAAAACAAGUCCGUUUAAAGUCAUGUUCGGGAUCGAACCCAAGGUAGGCCUAUCAUCCACUGUUAUUCCACCUAAUAUGCUCGGCAAUAUAAGAACUGAAGAAUAUUUAGACACCAUCCUCCAAAAUGAAGCCGAAGGGGCGGCUGAUGAAGAGGAACAAGAAGGAGAGGAGGAACAGGAAGGAGAAGAGGAACGAGAUGGAGAAGAGGCGCUGCAAUUCGCUGAAGCUCGGCAACUGGCUGCAGCCGGCCAAGAAAAAACCGCACUUAGAAUGACAAGGAAGACAAAACACCUCUUAAGUGCCCUACAAGUGGGUGACAACGCGACGCUGAAAGUUCCCGAGUUUGAUCGUGGGCCGAGUGACAGCAGGAACCUCCUGGUUGCGGUACUGCAGAGAGACGAGGACCUGUACCAGGUAGGCUGCAGAGAAGGACGCAUAACCACCCGGUACACGGCAGCUGACAUGGACCCCGUUAAGGAGAAGCUCCUCACCCCAGAUGAGGUUCCCGACGUUGAAAUGGCUUUGAGAACCGCUGUAACCAGGUACACAGGAGGCCAAGGGUAUGUGAUGUGUGCCUGUAAAACAAAUUGCACAGCUUCCAGAUGCUCCUGCACAAAUAAGCUGUUAAAAUGUAACUCUCGUUGCCACCCUGGUCGUUCUUGUAGCAAUAUUUAA